UAAAAAUAAAAAUAAUGGUUGGAAACGAUAAGUUUUUUUUAUUGAAAAUAUAAUAGGUUAGGGGAUCUAGUAAUUAUUUAUUGAUUUGUUAUUUAAGACAUCAUUCAAACUGAAGAUGACAUAAAUAGCUACGACGGAACGGCAGAAAAGGCAGUAGUUGUGCUUUUGUUUCUGGUUUUUUAAAAUAGCUGUGCAGAUGGGCCGAAGAUCUGAUCUUGGAAAGGCCUGUAAUGUUAGUAGAUUUUACACUUAUAUGUUAUAUCCAUUUCUUUAUCAAUCCAACACUUGUGUGCGGUAAAGAGAAAUGGGGAAUACAUCCAGUGAUAGGGUCUCAGGUGAUCGUCAUGGGGCGAAAUCCCACCGCGGUGAUGGGGUCUCGAGCAUCCAGACAGUUAAAGAACAAGAACCGAGCAAAAUCAUGGUGGACAGCGCUGACGAUCCCAACAUCUUCAACACACACAUCCUGGAGUCAAAGCCUUCAGCAGAGAAGGAGUUUAUGCAUUUCAUACCUGAUUCCGAGGAACCAGUAAAGCCACUGCAGCAGGCAAGACCCACUGUGAUUCGCUGGGCAGGAGGUGGGAAGGAGGUGUAUAUUGCAGGGUCAUUCAACAAUUGGGCCACUAAGAUCCCACUCAACAAAAGCCACAAUGACUUUGUUGCAAUCCUUGACCUGCCAGAGGGCGAGCACCAGUACAAGUUCUUUGUGGAUGGGCAGUGGGUGUACGACACCUCGGAGCCAGUGGUUACCAGCCAGAUGGGAACUAUUAACAACCUGAUCCAGGUGAAGAAGUCUGAUUUCGAAGUAUUUGAUGCCCUGAAUGUAGAUUCUCUUGAGUGCUCCGAUUCGUCAGACCUGUCCAGCUCUCCCCCAGGCCCCUAUGGCCAGGAGGUCUACUCAUUUCGACCUGAAGAGCGCUUUAAGUCUCCACCCAUUUUACCUCCUCACCUGCUGCAGGUUAUCUUGAACAAGGACACCAAUAUUUCAUGUGACCCUGCCUUGUUGCCUGAGCCAAACCACGUGAUGCUAAAUCAUCUCUAUGCACUUUCUAUUAAAGACGGUGUGAUGGUGCUGAGUGCUACUCACCGGUACAAAAAGAAAUACGUCACUUCUUUACUUUACAAGCCCAUCUGAUCUCAACUCCAGUAGUUUAUUGUCUCAGCGUGUUCAUCCUCUUGUAUCACUUUUGUCUGCUGAGGUUGCACUGCAGCUGGUUUACAAUAGGGAUAUGAGGCCUGCAUCAACUCAUAGGUGGUCAUAUUUUGGAAGAUUGACAGCACAGUAAAACGUUAAAUCUACAAAACCCUGUUAAAUUGUCUUGUUAAAAUUUGACAUUUACAUCAUCUAAACCAGGGGUCUUCAACCCUGGUCCGGGAGAGCCCCUAUCCAUCUGGUUUCAUAGAUCUAGAACACCUGUUAAUCUUGACUAAUUAAGCCAGUAAUUAGUUCAGUUAAGUAACUGAGAGAUUGGUUGAAACGAAAACCAGCAGCCACAGUAGUUCUCCAGGACCAGGGUUGGAGACCCUUGAUCUAAACUUUCAAUACAUGUACACUGGACCAUGCAGUAGUGUGUAAAUUUAUUAUAACACCUGAAUAUUUGUCAUUUUAUAUCUUUUAUAUAUAUACCUACUUGCAUGAAAACCUCUUGAAUGUGAGAAUUAAAAAUGUCGGUCAGUAAUCAGCGAUAUAGAAACAGUAGGCUAUCGUGUGGUAAUGUUAUACCACUUUAUGCUUUAAUUAGGCAAUUUAAAUGGUUUCUAAAAAGUCUCAUGCUAUGUGCUCCAUUUCUCAUACAAUUAAUUAAUUAAUUACUUAAUUGCAUGUGUGGCCUAUUAAAGUAAUCUUAAAGACUUAAAUUAGACACUAAUUUGCCUAUUUUGACAAAGUUUCAAGAUUUUCAGUUACAGUGGUUAGAUUUAAUAUGCACAACAAAUCAAUGUGGUGUUCUAAUAAACUUGCACACUACUAUAUAUACAAACAAGUUAUUUUCAUUUACUUUGCAGUUAUUUUGUGGAUUAGUAUACUGAAUUCAUCUAAAAUGUAUUUAUAACAAGGGAAGAUACAUAUCUGUUUUGCAUAACAUUGUAGCCAAAAGUCACUACACACAGAUGGUACCAUGGCAAGCUGAGAACAUAUGACAAUUAUUGGUAAUCAGUGCCAAUCAGCAAUGUAUUUGUAUCUCCUUAUUGUUCAUUUGGGAGGCCUGAAAGUUCAAAUCAACUGAAAAAUAUAUACAAGCAGCACAAUGUUUUACAAUCUUAAAUGGAAAGUAAGAUUUAAAGACAAUAAUGUUUGCUCAACCAAAUAUAUAUCUUUUUUUUUUUUACAAUAUGGCAAUUGCAAAUAUAUUUAUUUGGCAUGAA